UUCGUAUAUUCUUACUCCACGUUUCCGCUAGUUGUUAUUUGAUCUUCAAUAGUUUAGUUUCUCAUGCGUAAUACAAAACAAUAGUGUGGCUAAAACAAUUUGAUUGAUAAAUUACUGUAGCAAUCACAAGUAUUUCGGCAUAAGCCCCGGCAUCACGACGCGCACAAUUACGUUACACUAAAGAUGGACACGGAGAAGACAUAUCCUUUUGAAGUCAAAGACGUAUCACCGGAUGAACAAGCUGAGUUGGAUCAGUAUUUUGGUGACGGGAAACCUGAUCUUAUUAGAGUACUACCAACUGGCUAUAUUUUUCCAAAUGGAUUCAGUGAAAUUAGUCUUAAAAUAUAUAAUAUGAAAGUGAGACCUGAUGAUAUAUUCGUAGUUACCUUUCCAAAAUCAGGCACAACGUGGGUCCAGGAGCUGGUUUGGUUAUUAGCAAAUGAUUUAAAUUACGAGGCUGCAGCGAAGACAUUGCUCGCCGAAAGGUUUCCAUUCACCGAGUUUAGCAUGGUCUUACAUAGCCCGAAGACAAAAAAGUGGCUAGGAGAAUGGGCAGAAAGGGAACCCAAAUUGAAACAAUUUCACAACAGUUUUACAAACGGUGUUAGAAGUAUUGACAACAUAUUCAAUGCACCAUCGCCUCGUUUUAUCAAGUCGCACUUGCCGUUCUCGCUGUUGCCACCCACUUUGCUACACACUGCGAAAGUGGUAUACGUGGCGCGAGACCCAAGAGAUGUCGCUGUCUCCUACUACCACCACUGCAAGAUGAUGUUUCUUCGUGAAUAUAUAGGCGAUUUUAGAACUUUUUGGAAUUUAUUUAUUACCAAUAAAGUUGAAUACACUCCGUAUGAAGCACAUAUCAAAGAAGCUUGGGAGAAACGACAUCACCCUAAUAUGCUAUUUUUGUUUUAUGAAGAACUCUAUAAGGAUUUGCCAGCAGCAGUUCGUCGAGUUUCACAGUUCCUCAACAAACCGGUGAGCGAAGAGCAGGUGUCCCGGCUUUGUGAACACUUGCACAUCGAUAACUUUAGAAACAACAAGUCGGUGAAUUUAGAGGGCAUCAAAAACAUUGGUUUAAUGAAAAAAGAUGCCGUAUUUAUCAGGAAAGGCAAGGCGGGAGGAUGGCGGUCAUACUUCGAUGAGGAGAUGACGCAGCAGGCGGAGCGCUGGAUGAAGGAGAAAUUAGAUAACAUCGACAUACAAUAUCCACUUAUACAGUAAUUAUUUAGAUCACCUUGAUUUAUUUCAACAAGUCAAAGUUUACGGUUAACACUAAAACCGGUUUAGAAUCAUCAAUGAUGAAAUAUGCAUUCAGAAUAAAUUAUUUUUAUAAGCUUUUGUAUAUAUACUGGGUUCUUCAUUGUAGUAUUGUUCCUGUUAUUUGAAUAUAAUGAUUAUAUUGUAGGGCUCCAUUUUUUUAUUCAAGCAAGUUUUAUGUUCCCUACAUCAAUAACUAUUUUCAUUAUGGCAGUAAUAACA